GAGCCCUAAGAAGGGUAAUAGAGCUCACUGAGUGAGAUUAGUCUGCUCCUCUCUGACCCAGUUCUCUCCUGUCUUCCAGCAUGCUGUGUCUGUGGCUCCCCAGAGGCUCCUGUGUGGCAGCUCUGACAGUGACACUGAUGGUGCUGAGUCCUUCUGUGGCUUUGGUCAGGGACAUACAACCGCACUUCCUGGGCCAGAUGAAGGGGGAAUGUCAUUUCUUCCACGGGAUUCAGCGGGUGCAGCACGUGACCAGGUACAUCUACAACCAGGAGGAGUUCCUGCGCUUUGACAGCGACGUGGGCGAGUUCCGGGCGGUGACCGAGCUGGGGCGGCCCAUAGCCGAGGACUUCAAUAGCCAGAAGGACGUCCUGGACAGUUACCGGGCCGCGGUGGACAGGUGCAGAAACAACUAUGAACUGGUUAGAAUCCUGCUGGGUCGGCGAGCUGAGCCCAAGGUGACCGUGUACCCCACAAGGACCCAGCCCCUGCAGCACCAUAACCUCCUGGUCUGCUCUGUGAGUGGCUUCUACCCAGGACACAUUGAGGUCAGAUGGUUCCGGAAUGGGCGAGAAGAGGAGGCUGGGGUGGUAUCCACAGGCCUGAUCCAGAAUGGAGACUGGACCUUCCAGACCCUGGUCAUGCUGGAAACUGUUCCCCAGAGAGGAGAGGUUUAUGCUUGCCGGGUGGAGCACCCGAGCUGGAGCAGCCCUGUCAUGGUGGAGUGGGAAACACAAUCUGGAUCGGCACAGAAUAAAAUGCUGAGUGGGAUUAUAGCCUGCGGACUAGGUCUGCUCUUCCUUGGGGUGGGGCUGUUCCUCAGCUUCAAGACUCAUGAAGCACACUCUGGAUUUCAGCCAACAGGUAAUGUCCUUUCAUCCUCUCUCAGAAGUGAAUUUGCAUUCCUUGCAACAGAUGGAAACAACAAACCUCAAGUCAGCAGCAGACUCCUGAACUGAAGUGCAGCUGGAAACCCUGAAGGAUGGACCUGUGUUCCUACCUCUCUCCGCGUUGUGUCCAGCUUCCUGUUUGGCUUUGGUCCUCCGCAGGGCGAGGCGACCUCAGGACCUGGCUCCUCUGUUCAGUGACCCUUCAUAAAGUGUCCUCCCCAUGCUUCCUCAACCACCCCUGACUUGGAAGCCCUGGCACAGACACCAGGACUUCCCUUCCUUCUCUCCUGGCCCCUUUGUGUUCAACCCUUCCUGUCUCCUGGGUCCCUGAGCUUCCUUCAUGCAACAUUAUGUUAUUAUUUUUGUCUCAAACAAACAUGGAGUGAAGGUCAUCUUCUUCCAGUUCUCAGGACAAAAGUUAGAAAAGGGAAGGCUACAUCACAAUGCAGAAGUGAUUUUAAUUUACAUGUAAUUAUGUGUUCCAUAGGUUGUAGGCCAUCCUCCAAUAUAUUUAUCAGAAACAUCAUGCUGGGCACCAAAAGUAAUUUUAUUUACCAAUUACUUUCUACUUGUCAAUUAAAAAUGGAGAAAAAGCUUAAAAAGUCAGUGCCUCCAAUCUCAACACAAACCAUUUGUCAAAACAAAAUAACAAAAGAGCUUGCUGAAAAGCAAGUUUGAAAAGCAAAUCAAUACUUUAAAAAAAUCUUGUCUAUAAUUUUGACUCUGAGUUCACAGACCUCAUUAUCCAACUGUCCCAAGCUGGUAGAUGUUCCUAGUGUGAACUGGUUGAGAAGGAGGGUUCUGCUGUUGUGUUCCAGCGAAGAGUCUGUGGCUUCAAGUGUAAAUCAAAUCAAAAAUAAUCAAUUCAGAAGUCUAUUUUAGAAGAAUAAUUAUUUGAACAUAAUUUCUCCACCAUCACAUGCAGCUUUUGUGUGCCCCACCUUGAUUCCAGCUUCAAUAUAAGUUAAAUUAAAAAUACUCAAGAGAAAUGGAGACACAUGCCUUGCCCAAAUAUACAUGCAAAUGUUAAGAGUAGCAUUAGUUAUAACAACCAAUUUUGUGGUGAAAGUUAUCACUGCUUUAUGUUUGUGUAAAAUAUAACCAAUAUGUUUUAUUUUUAUUUGUUAUGCAGUGGGAGUAUAGUUGCUUUUCAAUAAACAUUUAUAAUUAAUUUUUAAAAGAGGCGAUUCGUGGACUGGGGGAGGGUUGUAGCCAUUGUUGAUUCCCGAAGGGCUUGCUUUGAGGUCCUAUAUGGUUUCCACUGUUUUGUUGGGUUGGCUUUUGUUCUCUUCUGUUAUGUUUAUGUUAAAUCUGAUGGCAUCAAAAGCUAUUUCAAGGAUAACAAGAUAUAGUAGCAUUUUUGGAGUUAUUACAUGAUUUUUUUUAAAUCCUUUAUUGCAUUCAUUGUUUUGUUUUUAUUGAUUAUAUUCUGUUUUGUUCUGUUUUAUUUUUCCUAUGUUCAAACUUAUCUGCAGCUAUUUUGAAGACAUCAAAAGGCAUUAUGGUAACUAUUGUUGAUUUCAUAAUGUUUUGAAAUCCUAUGUCUCUUAUACUGGUUUGUUUUGAUUGGUUUUAUUCUAUUUUACCUUCUUUAAAAUAAAAAUAAAUAAAUAAGCCAAAUAGGAAACAAUCCAAAUAGCAGCCACAUAAUAAACUGACAAAACAUGCUAUACUUAUACAAUGUAAUGUCAUCCAACAAUGAAAGUUUGCAUAUGAUUGUGGUAUUUGUUCCUUGAAGAUUGUAAUUACUCUGGCUAGAGGUCUGGAUUAGCAGCAUAAGCACUUGCCUGGCAAGCUCAAGAUUGUGAGUUUGAUCCCUGAUACCCCCCAAAAAGAUUACAAUAACUAAAGGAGGUUGGACUUGGGCUUUUAUUGUACAAAAGUUUUUAUAGAACAAAUUUGUUAACUCUACUGCAUGUAUAGUUCUUCAUACUUUAUUCCAUUUUUCAGUUUUUUAGAAAUUUUGGGUAGUUUAUCUACUACUUACUUUAUUUUUGUAAAAUUUUAAAUCCUAUUAUUCACAUCAAAAAACCAUGGGACUUUUAUAAGUGAUACAAGCUAUGUUUUACUGGAGACUCGGAGAUAAAAAUGGAUGAUACUGAAAAUGUUUUGAAGUUAUAAUGACUUCCCAACUUCAGUGAAAGUUUUUAAACUUGUAUUCCUGAUCUAUUUCACUUAACAUUGUUGAGACAAUAAAGCAAAGAACAUUUUGAAACACUUUAAAUAGUAAUUAAAAUUUUAAUCCCUAAAGAAAAUGUGGAUCCCAAAUGCAUGUGUGCCGAACAGCUAAACUACAAAUAAGUGAAGCAACAGCCAAUAGAACUGAAAGGAAAACUAAGUAAACCCACAACCACAUGUGGAGACUCUAGCAUCUCUCUCUGAACAAAAAUAAAGUAACUGAACCAAAAUUCAGGAGGAAAAUAAAACUCAACACUGUUAGUAUAUAGGAUCUAAUGAACAUUUACAGAUAACUCCAUCAAACAGCAGCUCAAUGCUUAUUAUUUUGAAGUGCCUAUGGGAUGUUUACCAAGUUAUAUCAUAUCCUUGGCUAUAAAAGGAACCUAAACAAAAGUUAAAGAAUUGAAUGCAGGAAGAGUAUAUCCUGGAUACAAGGAAAUGAAAUUAGACUAGUAAUAACAUAAAGAUAAUCGAUCAACUUCAAGCACUUGAAAAAUCACUAACAUACUUCUAAGUAUCUCUUGGGUAAAAAUGGUGUCUUAAAGGAAAUAAAAAAUAGUUGUUUGAUCAUUUUUUCAUGCUUAUAUCUUAUAAUCUGAGCAACUACUUUGAAGAUCACAAUAAAUAUUAGCCAUCAUUAAUCUCCUAAUAUUUUUUUUGAAAUUCUUUUUUAAAAAUUUUAUUUAAGGAGAAAAAAGAAAAAAAAAACCAGAAAAGGGUACAAGUUAUAAAGAAUUUCAGAAAAAAAUAAACAGUAGGAAAUUACUAGUUAAUAGAUUACACAUUGUCAUCUUAGAAAUAGUUGUUCAAGUUACAAAAUUAAAGCAUAUAGAGUGGACAUUCAAACAGUGAGACUGCAAACAGUUCUGUUCAAUGAUCCAAUAAAACUCAGUAAUAUGGUUUUCUAUCUUAUACACUUAAAUAUACAUGCAGUUAUGUCCUUUAGAGCACUUUCUUUUCCUCUCUUUUGUACAAUGACAAUUGCACAUUUUGGGUUUUAUUACUCCCACUUUUCUUAUUACUUUUUUUUUUUUUUUAAACCUGUACUGGGGUCGAACUCACGACCACGCACUUGCAAGGCAGGCACUUAUGCUGCUGACCUAAAUCCCCUCAUACUACUUUUUUGGAAAAGAGUAAAACCAAGUGUGACAUAACAGGACAGAGUCAGUCAAAUCAAAAGGAUGGACAUAAUACAUAAUGUAAAAACAAAAUACAAAGUGAUCUACAAUGGUUACCAUAUGCCUCUUGCUAUCUUAUGUUUUGAAAUUCUGUAUCAUUGUUUUUAUUCUUUUUUCAUUUAAAAAAUUUCAUAUAGGCAGCUAUAUAAAUAUAUUAAACUAAAUGAAAAUAACAUAUCAAAAUUUGUGAGACACUUUUAAAGCAGUGCUUAAAAAUAUAUUUAGAGCACUAACUGCAUGUGUUGACAAAGAAUGAAGGUCAAAUCUAACAAUCUGGGUUCCAAACUCAAAAAACUGGAAAAAAGGAAUGAAAUGCACUACCAUAAGGGCAAGAAAGGAGAUAAGUUAAGAGCAGAAGUAAAUGAAAUUUACUAACCAUAUGGAAUUCCUAUGAAAGGAAAAAGUGGGGAGCUUUUUUUUUUGGAGAAGAUAUAUAGAAUUGAAAAAUUUAAAGAAAACAGAGAGAGAGAGAGAGAGAGAGAGAGAGAGAGAGAGAGAGAGAGAGAGAGAGAGACAGAGACAGAGACAGAGAGAGAGAGAGAGAGAGAGAGAAUUACCAUGAUCUAUAAUGAAACAGCAUGACUCUACAGAGCAUUUACACAUCAUGGUACACUAAAGGAAUACAACUGUGUAUAUAAAUUUCACAAUUUAGAUGAAAUCAAAUUCCUUGAGAAGCACCAACUGCCACAAACAACUCAAUAAAUAAAUUUAAUAGCUGUAUAAACUUUCUGGUUAUUUUGUUUCUCUUUUUAGUACAUAUUGCAGUGCAUACAAUUUACAAUCAUCUCAGGGAGUGCGUAUGUAUACAUAACACAGUUUGAUUCUUUUUUUAUUCCUCUUCCCUCCUGUUGCCUCCCUCCCCUUCUAAAUCCCUCUUCCCCAUUUUAGUUCUUGUUAUGGUUUAUGUCUAGAUUUCCCCUGAAAGCCCCAUGCACUUUUGGAUGGGGUAUUUUCCAAAGGUUUGUGAUUGAUUCAUGGCUUAGUGCUAGGACUAAGGGUGCUGGGAUUAAGGGUGAGUGAUUGCUAGAUCAGUCCACUGAAUGGACUGGCACCGCCCUAAUCCCAGUAGUCUGGAUAAAAUAAGACGGGCAGAAAAAGGUGUGUCCUCCCCUUUGAUCUUGUUGCUUUUGCCAUCUUGUGGGUGCCAUGAACUGUUCUCUCUGUGAUUUCCCUCUGCCCAACCACCCUACCUUGGAGCCAGCUGAGAAAUGGCCUGAAACCUCUAGAAACUGAG